AUGAGCGACGUGGUGGAGAAGACCCUGACGGCGCUGCCCAGCCCCUCCCCGGCGGCGGCGGCGUCCAAACAGUCGUCCCGGCUGGGCGCCCUCAUCCGCAGCAUCACCGCCCUGACGUCCAAGCACGAGGAGGAGAAAUUAAUCCAGCAGGAACUGGCCAGUCUGAAAGCCACCGUGUCGGCUCCCGGCACCACCUUGAGGCUGAUGAAGGAGUGCAUGGUGCGGUUGAUGUACUGCGAAAUGCUGGGUUACCAAUCCUCCUUUGGCUACAUCCACGCUAUCAAACUGGCGCAGCAAGGAAACCUGUUAGAAAAGAGAGUUGGUUACUUGGCCGUUUCGCUCUUUCUCCACGAGAACCACGAGCUCUUGGUUCUGCUCGUCAACACCGUCGUGAAGGACCUGCAGAGCACCAACGUGGUGGAGGUGUGCAUGGCGCUCACGGUGGUCAGCCAGGUCUUCCCGCGCGAGAUGAUCCCCGCCGUCCUCCCGCUCGUCGAGGACAAGCUCCAGCACGCCAAGGAGAUGGUCCGGAGAAAAGCCGUCCAAGCCCUGUUCAAAUUCCACCUCAUCGCUCCGAACCAAGUGCAGCACAUCCACCUCAAGUUCCGCAAGGCUCUGUGCGACCGCGACGUGGGGGUCAUGGCCGCCUCCCUGCACAUCUACCUCCGGAUGAUUCAGGAGAACGCGGCAGCCUACAAGGAGUUGACGGGCUGCUUCGUGGCCAUUCUGAAGCAGGUGGUCGGGGGCAAACUCCCGGCAGAUUUCAGUUACCACAGCGUGCCCGCCCCUUGGCUGCUGAUCCAGCUCCUGAGGAUCCUGGCGCUUCUGGGGAAGGACGACCCCAGGACCAGCGAAUUGAUGUACGAGGUCCUUGAUGAGUCCUUGAGAAGAGCCGAGUUAAGUCACAAUAUCACGUACGCCAUCCUGUUUGAGUGCGUGCACACAAUCUACACGAUCCACCCCAAGGCCGAGUUGCUGGCGAAGGCCGCCAAGUGCAUCGGGAAGUUCGUCCUGUCUCCGAAAAUCAAUCUCAAGUAUUUAGGCCUGAGGGCCCUCACCUAUGUAAUCCAGCAGGACCCCAACCUGGCCCUCCAACAUCAGGUGACAAUCAUCGAGUGCCUCGACCACCCGGACCCCAUCAUUAAGAGAGAGACCUUGGAGCUUCUUUAUAGGAUCACCAAUGGGCAAAAUGUAACCGUUAUUGUCCAGAAAAUGCUCGAGUAUUUGCAGCAGAGCAAGGAGGAAUAUAUCAUCAUCAACCUCGUCGGAAAAAUAGCCGAGCUGGCCGAGAAGUACGCGCCCGACAACGCGUGGUUCAUCCGGACGAUGAACGCCGUGUUCUCCGUGGGAGGGGACGUGGUCCAGCCUGACAUCCCCAACGACUUCCUGCGCCUCUUAGCCGAAGGUUUCGACGCGGACCAGGAGAACCGCCAGCUCCGGCUGUCGGCGGUCCAGUCGUACCUCACGCUGCUGGAGGAGGAGGAGGAUGAAGAGGAGGGGCCCCGCUACCCGCAAAAGUUUCUUCAGGUCAUGAGCUGGGUGCUGGGGGAGUACGCCCACCUCCAGGAUCGGGAGCCCCCCGAGGCCGUCAUCGCCAAACUCCACCGGCUGCUGACGCGCCGCUCCGUCACGGCGGAAACCCGGGCCUGGUGCGCCGCCGCCAUCACCAAGCUGGCCGGCCGGGCGGCGGGGGCCGGGCCGGGCGGCGGGCUGACCCUCCGGUGGGGCCCGGCGCUGGACACGGGCAUGAGGCAGCUCGCGUUCGAGCUGGAGCGCCUGCAAGAGGACCCGGAGCUGAUGAGCAGGGUGCUGCCCGUCGACGCCAGCUGCGAAGACCUAGUGGUGGACGCUUCCUUGUCUUUCCUAGAUGGUUUCGUGGCCGAAGGGCUGAGCCGAGGGGCGGCCCCGUAUAAACCCCACCACCAGCGCCAGGAGGAGCGGCUCUGCCAGGAGAAAGCCCUCAAUUUCGAGCCUUACGGCCUCUCCUUCUCUUCCAACACGUCGUCGUCCGGCUUCACGGGCCGACAGUCCCCCGCCGGGCUCUCCCUGGGGUCCGACGUGUCCGGGAGCAGCGCCGAGGCCGCCCAGAGAGAGACCGGCCUGCUGAAGCUGGAAGGGGUCAGGAAGCUCUGGGGGAAGGAGGGCUACCUCGCCAAGAAGGAGGGGCCGGGGGGAAUCGACGCGGACCCCCGGCCCGGCCCCGCGGACGGCGCGGCGGACCCGGCCGCGGCCCGGCCCCUCCCGGCCCCCGGCCCCCUCACGGAGGAGGAGAGGGAGAAGCGGCAGCUGGCCUCCACGCUGUUCGUCGGCCUGGGCUCCGACAACGCCGUCAGUCUGCUGGGAAAAGCCGACCCCUCGGGUCAGAAGUUUCGGAGGAAAUCCAAAGCCGCCAAGCCCCCGUGGCAAGCCCCAGGGUCUGCUCCAGACAAUCCCGCCGACCCCUCGCUCCCGGCGGCCCUGGAGGACGACGGCGCCGAGGCCGGGAGCUUCCCGGACCCCGGAGACCUGGAUCCGGAGCAGACGGAGCCGGGCUGUGACGGCCCGGAGCCGAGCGGAGGACCUCAGCCGGCGGAGAGACCAUCACCGUGCGGCCCGUCCCCACAGCCGGCCGAGACCGGCCCCGACGGGCCCGACUCGCCGUCGGGGUCCGGGACCCUCCCCACGGCUCCGGCCUCGCCCGGGGAGCCGGCCGAGCCCCCGAGUUCCCACCCGGCGAUGCUCUGCCGGGACGGCACGGUGACCGUGUCUUUGCGGAAAGUUUGGGCAGACGACUGUCUGCUGCUGGUCUGGUGUGUGGCCAACCUGGGCCCCUCGGCCCUGGAGAGGGCCACCGUCGAAAUCGCCGCGGCGGAGGAUUUCGAGGUGCCCGCCGGGACGGGCAGCCAGACCGCUGCCAUCGCGGCCCGAGGCACCGGCAGCCUCCAGCACCGUGUCUACCUGGACCAGCCCCGAGCCCAGGGAGCCCUCUCCGGCUGCGUCACCUACCUCCCGGAGGCAGGCACCGCCACCCGGCUCCACUUUUCGCUGCCUUUGACCCUUCUGGAUUUCAUCAGGCCGCUGCGUUUGACCACUGAGGAUUUCGGCCAGCUGUGGCUGGCCCUGGCCAACGACGUCCGGCAGACGGUGAGACUGGCGGCCCCCGGGGCCUCUCUGGCGGCUUCUCUGCAGCCCCUGCAGCAGGAACUGAGGCUUCACCUCGUAGACAUCAUCGGCCCUGAGGCCAUCCUGGCCUGCCGGCGGCUGCCGGACGUGCCCUGCCUGCUCCACUGCCGGGCCCAGGCUGCCACGCUCACGCUGUGGUGCCGGUCUCCGUGCCCUUCCCUCCCAGACUACCUUCUGUACCAGUGUCAGCGGGUCACGGGGGAGCCCUGAGGGGCCGAGGACCUGAGCCCACCCCUCCGACGUCCGGCCGUGCCCCACGGACUCCGCUCGGGACCAGACAGCUGCUCGCACGGUCUCAAGGGUUGGGACAGGCGGGUGCUAUUUAUCUCCGAGUCCACCGCUUGCCAGGUAGCCAACGACGAGGAACGCUCGCCCUCCUCCCACAGCUCAGGGUGGCAGGGUGGUUUGGUCUUGGGUGGGUUGGGGUGCUGUUUUUAUCCCACCUACCAAUGAAGCCGUAAAGGAC